UAGAAGCAGUUAUAAACAGUUAGUUACAGUUCCUUAGUUAGCUCAACCUCUUCCUUCAUACUAUAAAAAUAUAAUCUUUAUACUACAAAUCCAUCUCUCUCUCUCUCUUUCUCUCUUGUUCACAUUCCUUAGUCUCAAAAUUUGUUGUUCUUGUGGCACAAUAAUGGAAGAUGGUGAUGAUAGACUGCCGCAAUUGCCAUUGGGUUCUUCAUUCUUGAAUCAACUUCACAUCAAAGAAGAACCUUUUGAAACUGAAACUUCUUUCAAGAAAAGAAAAUUGUUAGGUGGUGAUGCAGCAAUGAAUAAUUCUUCAACAUUUCCAGUGCCAUUGCCAUUGGAUUCUUCUCCCAACCUGACACCAAAGAAGAGAAAAGAGGGACCUUCUCUAACAACUUCUUCUGAAACUCCAACCAAGAUGAGAAGAGGACGCCCUCCUGGUUCCGGUUCAAAGAAUAGAAAAGAAGGACCUUCUCCAACAACUUCAGAAACAACUUCUGCAGAAACUCCAACUAAGAAGAGAAGACCCGGACGCCCUCCUGGUUACAGAUCAAAGAAUAGAAAAGAAGGACCUUCUUGGACAAUUUCAGAAACAACUUCAGCAGAAACUCCAACGAAGAGAAGACGUCCAAAGUUCGACUCUCAUAUUAUAGAGUUGAAUGCCGGUCAGGAUGUGAUAGAGGUUCUAUACAAUAUGUCUGUGGCAAAUCCUAGUAAAACUGUUACCAUACUUUCUGCUUCCGGUCCUGUAUCAGACAUUGUCGAUCUUACCCCGAACGGUCCCACUCACUCCAAGGGAAAAUUUGAGAUAUAUUUUAUGGCUAUAAAAUGUGUCGCUGAUGAUGAUGGUCGUCAUUGUCGUGAAAAGGCAACUUUUAUGGUUGGAUGCAAAGAUGAAAAGGGAAAUCUGUUUGUAAAUAAUUUUGUCAAUUCCCUCAUAGCGGCUGGCGAUGUUAAAAUUACUGCAACCUUAUUCAACACAGACGCCGCUAAGAAAGCAGGUGCAAGAAUUUCGGCGAUUGAGGCCAAUAUUGAUCCAGCUACAGAAUAUUGCAGAAAGGUUGUGAAAGAAGAAGGUUCUGCGUCUGGAUUUUUGCCAACAACGCCUCCAUCUGUUGCAGAUGGAAACAUGAUAACUCUCACAUCAGCAACAACUAGUGCUUCCAAUGAUCAGGACAUGGAGUCUCCUUCUGUAGGGAACAAUUGUCAGGACAUGAAAUCUCCUUCUGUAGGGGACAAUUGUCAGGACAUGAAAUCUCCUUCUGUUUGAAAUUAAGUGUAUAGAUUGUAUAUAGACUGAGGAAAUGAUUUCAGUGAUGAUUUCUACAUGGUAUUGUGAUUUCUGGAUUUUCAACAGUUGCAGUUUCUUUUAU